AUGUCGUAUAUGCUCACGCAUUUGACAAACGGCUGGCAGGUAGAUCAGGCUAUUUUGUCUGAAGAAGACAGAGUCGUUAUUAUCCGAUUUGGUCAUGAUUGGGAUCCGCAAUGUAUGGUUAUGGAUGAAACUCUGUUUCAAGUAGCUGAGAAGAUAAAAAACUUCGCUGUUGUUUAUCUCGUUGAUAUCGCGCAAGUUCCCGACUUUAACAAAAUGUAUGAAUUAUAUGAUCCUUGUACCGUUAUGUUUUUCUACCGUAAUAAGCACAUCAUGAUUGAUUUGGGGACCGGUAACAACAAUAAGAUCAACUGGGCCAUCGAGGACAAGCAGGAAUUUAUUGAUAUUGUGGAAACUGUUUAUCGUGGAGCACGUAAAGGACGUGGUCUUGUGGUCUCACCUAAGGACUAUUCAACCAAAUAUCGGUACUAA